AAAACUGACCGAGAGUCCAACCUAACGCAUUUUAUAUUGUGUCAUUGACGACAGUAGACGACUUCAAUUUUAUCUGUUUGUAUUUACAAUAAUUUUAUGAAUUGUUCAGUGAUGGCUCCAAUCAAUGUUGACAAUGUGAACGGGACCAAGGUCGAAUCUCCCGCUAAAAAGGCUUUGCCUGAAGUGGAAACUGAUACCAAUGGAAACGAACACAAAAGAUACUCGUAUGAAAUGUUGGUAGAGACCGCAAACUUCCUUCUAUCUAAAACUCCUGUGAGACCUAAAAUAGGUGUUAUUUGCGGAUCUGGGCUCGGUUCGUAUUGGAACGAGGGAUCUUUAGCUGAAACUAUAACGGAAGCACAGUGUAUUCCUUAUGAGGAAAUACCGAAUUUCCCCGUGAGCACGGUAGAGGGACACUACGGAAAGUUGGUGUUCGGCCGUCUCGGUGAUAUACCAGUAGUUGCCAUGCAGGGUCGCUUCCACUAUUUCGAAGGCUAUCCACUUUGGAAGUGCUGUUUACCGGUACGAGUCAUGAAGCUUCUUGGAGUGCAGACGUUGAUUGCUACGAACGCGGCAGGAGGUCUUAAUCCUAACUACAAGAUCGGAGAUCUAAUGAUUGUAAAAGAUCAUAUCAACAUGAUGGGUUUCGCUGGAAACAACCCACUGCAUGGUCCGAACGAUGAAAGAUUUGGACCAAGAUUCCCUCCAAUGAACAAAGCAUACAGAUUCGAGUACAGAAAAAUUGCUAAAGAGGUGGCAAAAGAACUAAAUAUAGAGAACAUUGUAAAGGAGGGUGUGUAUACUUGCCUAGGCGGUCCUAACUUUGAAACUGUAGCUGAAUUAAAUAUGUUGAAAAUGGUUGGAGUUGAUGCUGUAGGCAUGUCCACGGUGCACGAGGUAAUAACGGCUAGACAUUGCGACAUGAACGUGUUCGGUUUGUCCUUGAUUACGAAUGAAUGCGUAACGAGCUAUGAUCAAGACGCAGAAGCUAAUCACGAAGAAGUACUUGACGUAGGACGCAUGCGACAGGAAAUACUCCGCAAAUAUGUAACGACAUUAGUCGAUAGAUUUUCAAAGGUCAUGAAAGCUCACAACCCUUGAAACUGGACAUAUUAUAGACUGGUAUUUCAGCACCGAAAAAAAUAAACGUUUAAAACUGUUUUCAGCAAAAACGAACCAUAUUCUCUGUUUAAAAAAAUAUACUUCAAAUGGUAGAGCAUGAAUAUAAAAAAAAUGUUGUUAUCCUUUGUAUCAUGAGGCCUCUGUGAGGAUCUGAUUAUGUACAUAUCGAAACACCCGAUUAUUAUGAAACUUUAAUACGCAGACAGCUCAGUAUAUCCUGAUCCAGUGUCAAUAUCACGCAUUUUAGUAUGGUUUCUAGAAGAGUAACUCCGUUUUUUUGUAUGAAUACAGCAAUAGAAUGAAACGAAAAUUAAAAAAAUUGCUUUUGUAUAAUUUAUACUUUAUUAAGGCGCGAUCAAAAGAUCGGAUGGUUCGGUGGCGAAAAUCUUUUAGACUAGUUAAAAUACUUCUUUUUUGUUUCUACGAAUUCAGCAGCAACUCUA